CUGCUCUAGGAGGAUGCAAAACCCUUGACCUCUGUCUGGACAGUGCUGAUUGGCCCUGUGCUGAUCACAUGCACUCUCCCAAGAAAAUAAAACACUCUCUAGCAAUACACACUAAACUGAGCAUGUGCAGAAUGGCUAUGGUCCAGUCUGUCUUAUCAGGAGAAGAGGAGGAGCAGAAAAGUCAGGAUCCAAUGGCCUUUUUACACAGUGCAGGGGAUUAACUCCUUAGGUUCCACAGAGAGUAUAACAAGCAUGCUUUACUGCAUAUACAGACUGAUUUUACUGUUGUGGGUUUAG